AUGGCGCAUUUCCCCAUGUUCCUCUUCUUGCUGCUCGACUGCAAUUCCGCCUCGCUUCGCCUCGCCUCGCUCGACUGCACUGUGGGCUCGGCUGCCCCGUCUCCUCCGCCGGAUCUCCCAGGCAGAGUCAGUCAACUCGAGCGACUCCUCGGGCGUCUUGCCCUGACUCGGAUCUUUGACUCGCCAAGUGGGGCCCGCUUUCUCCCCUCCGCUGCCCGUCGUCGACCCUGUCUUCGUGUCGUGGUGCUGCCUGCUGCUGGCUUGCCAUCGACUGUAGCCUCGUCAAGCAUUGCCUCCCCUCCUUCGCGUGAUCCUCGAAGCCCCCUCCCGUCGUGUCCCGCUCCUUCCUACACCAACGUCACCAUCACCUUCUUCUUCUUCUCCCUCCCCAACCCUCACGCCCUACAACUCCUUCCAACCCCUAGUCCAUCGUCAGCUCAAGAAGACUCGACGAUCAAAACGGAAACAAAGUGGCAAACAGCACUGCUACUCGACUAUCUACACCUACGACCUACUUCUAGUGGAGACUCCAAUCGCCACACUCUCAGCCAGGCUCAUUGA